AUGUUUUCGAGAGUUUCUAAAUGGUUUGAUUCGAUCCAUAACUUCUUCUCUCGAACGGUUACUCAAGUCCAAGACUCAUUGUCCUGUGCAAUUGCCAAGCUUCAGAGCUUCUUUGCUCGCAUUAUUGCUAAGUUCCGCAGUUUCGUUGCUGCGGUUAUAUCUUGGAUGUGUGGUUUUUUUGCUGCGGCAGUUGCUAAACUCACCAAUUUCUUUGUUGCGGUUAUAUCAAAGAUUCGUGGUUUCUUUGCUGCGAUCAUUGCUAAAAUUCACAAUUUCUUUGUUACGAUUAGUGAUAAUGUUCGCAGCUUCUUCUCUACUGUGAAAACAUUAUUUCGCCUUAUUCAGAAAUUACAAAUGCUGCUCAGGCUAAUCAGCGAAGUAUUGGAUACCUGGGAUCGUCAGGUGGCGCUUCAUAGAAAAUUCCUUCAAGUCUUCAAAAUCCUUAAUCGAUUUGUGGAUUUGGGAACUAUCUUUGGUGGUAUGGUUCAUCAACACUAG